UAAAAUGUUUAUGGAAGAAGAGAGAAUUCUGAGAGGAAGAAUAUAGGAGGACGAUUUUAGAGGGAAGAAGGAUGUCAGGCUCGGCGGAAUCGCCGGGUUCUUCAUCAGAUGAGUCCCCUCUUAUGUUGGAUGGCUCAACAUCGCAUUCGUCUCCGCCUUCAUCGGGUGGCGUCCUUCAGCAGCUAGCAGACUCAUCAGACUCACCCCCUGCACCAUCUGGUGCAUCUUCACCACCACCAGCCUCUUCUCCUCCUCCUUCGCCACCAGCAUCGCCGCCUCCUUCAAAUUCCCAGUCUCCUCUUCCUUCUGGAUCUUCCGGCUCAAACUCCACAACUUCCUCUUCUCCUCCGCAUUCACCACCACCUAGUGCCUCACCACCACCACAAUCUCCUCCUCCAUCAAACUUGAACCCCUCUACAGCAUCUCCACCGCCUACAUCAUCAACUUCCCCCACUCCUUCUCCUCCGCCUCCAAUCCCUACAAAUAAAUCACCACCAGCUCCAUCUGACGAAUUUAUCCCACCUGCCACUCCUUCAGAGGAAUCAUCAAACGCCCCAGCACCUUCCAUUGGAGGUGGUACCUUGCCUAUUUCUGGAAACCUACAGCCACCUCCAUCAUCAGCGUCCACAUCUCCUCAAUCUCCUGUAGUUGAAAACUCACCACCCACGCCACUUGGGUCAAAUGCUAAUCCAUCGACUACAAUAUCCCCUCCAACAGAAUCAGGACAAAGCAGUUCUCAAGGAUCACCCAGUUCUUCAUCCUCUGCUUCCUCCAGCUCACAAACAGGCAAUUCUGAUUCCCGGGGCUCGAGCCCACCGAAGGAUUCCAAUGGGAGCAAGAAUGAAGGUAUCGUGGUUGGUGCCACAGUGGCAAGUGUAUUUAUCAUUGCAUUAAUUGCCAUCUUCUUUGUUGUGUCAAGGCGAAGGAAUAAAAGGAAGGCCUAUGCUUCCCCGUACAUGCCACCCCCUACAUUUACUGGGAAAGCAGAUGGAUACAACAAAGGACAGCCACUCACCAUGGGGCAUUCUGGACUUGCAGAUCCCUACUAUUAUUCACAAGGACCACCUUCUACUACUGGAAAUAGCUUUGGGAGUCAAACAAAAAGCCCGUAUCAAGGAGAAGGACCAGAAUCUGGUGGUGUUUUCAGUAAUAAAGUAAAUUUCAGCUAUGAAGAGCUGAUGCAAAUAACUAAUGGAUUCUCUCGUCAAAACAUUAUCGGUGAGGGUGGGUUUGGAUGUGUUUUUAAGGGUUGGAUGUCAGAUGGGAAAGUUGUUGCUGUGAAGCAGCUCAAGGCAGGUAGUGGACAGGGUGAGCGUGAGUUCCGGGCUGAAGUAGAGAUAAUUAGUCGCGUGCAUCAUCGACAUUUAGUCUCUUUGGUGGGAUAUUGCAUCGCUGAGACCAAUCGCUUGCUCAUCUAUGAAUUUGUUCCAAAUAACACUCUUGAGCAUCAUUUGCAUGCUAAAGGAAUCCCAGUGUUGGAUUGGCCUAAAAGAGUCAAGAUUGCCGUAGGAUCUGCAAAGGGCUUGGCAUACCUUCAUGAAGAUUGUCACCCAAAAAUCAUUCACAGAGACAUUAAGUCGGCAAACAUUCUGUUGGCCGAUGAUUUUGAAGCACAGGUUGCUGACUUUGGACUUGCCAGACUAAAUGACACUACUCAGACCCAUGUAUCAACCCGGGUGAUGGGAACGUUUGGGUACCUGGCACCUGAAUAUGCAUCAAGUGGAAAAUUAACAGAUAGAUCUGAUGUCUUUUCUUUUGGAGUUGUGCUUCUAGAGCUUAUAACAGGGCGCAAGCCAGUUGAUCCGACUCGGCCCAUGGGAGAUGAGAGUUUAGUCGAAUGGGCUCGUCCAGUCCUCAUACGUGCCCUUGAAAAUGGUGAUCCCAGUGAGCUUGUUGAUCCACGGCUUGAAAAACGUUAUGUUGAGAGUGAAGUGUUGAGAAUGAUCGAGACUGCAGCUGCCUGCGUUCGCCAUUCCGCUCCAAAGCGGCCCCGGAUGGUGCAGGUUGUUAGGGCAUUGGACAAUGAAGGAGAAAUGUCCGAUCUCUCUAAUGGGGUGAAAUAUGGCCAGAGCACGGCGUAUAAUUCUGGGCAGUACAGUCAAGAUAUCAUGAAAUUCAGAAGGAUGGCACUUGGCAGUGAUGACAGAACCGAUUAUAGCUCAUACAGUGGAGACUAUACAUCGAACGAAGUCUCUCAUGGACCCCCAUUGUCAUGGAAGUUUGAGAAUACUUCUGGUGGGUACACAAGCGGUGGGUCAGAAAGUCGACCGAUAAACCCUGACAGUAGUGGUCAGAGAUAUAGUGGCUCCCAAAGCAACUACAGCAGUUAUCAAUUUGGCUAAAAGUAACUUCCAUAGGAUGUUCUCUGGAUAGAUUUGUUUUCAUCUUUUCUUGCACAAGAAAGGCUUGCAGAACAUCAGAAUACCAUAUCUGAAGAAAUGCUUCAACUUUCUCUGGCCUAAUAUCGUGUGAAUCGUUCUUUUUUUUCUUUCUUACUGAUAUAAAGGGGCAUUCUUUUUCCCUCAAUCGAGCGACAAUGACUACGGAAGAAA